AUGUCUCUAGUAUGUGGUUCCUGUGCUGGUGAUAUCGGGGACAUUCAAAUAGAGUGUCAAGGCUUUUGUAAGGCAACCUUCCAUCCUAGCUGCUGUGGAGUUGCUGCCGAUACGUUCGAGGAGGUGAUGAGACUCAAUCAAUUUUUGUGGUUCUGUCCCUCGUGUAAGUCGCUUAUGAAAGACAUGCGUUUUCGGAAUACAUCUCUUGCCGCCUAUGAAGUAGGUCAAGAGCAUGCUCUCAACUCCCACAGCGAUAUUAUGAAAAACCUGAAAAACGAAAUAAUGAAUGAACUCAAGGCCGAAAUUCGAACCAACUUCGCAAAGCUGAUCAAUUCGAGUUCAUGCACUCCGAAGUCCUCUAAACGUGUUGGGAUCGAUCCAAGGUUCACACGAAGUAGGAGACUGUUCAAUACAGCUGCUAAACCAACCAUGGAUAAGCAGCCGCCCUUGCUGCUAGGGACCGGUAGUACUCCCUCUCCGUCAAUAGAAAUCGCCACUGUUCCACCGAAUCAACCAAAGUUUUGGCUGUACCUGUCGCGGAUAGCGAGAGAUGUGUCUGUCGAACAGGUCUGCGCCUUAGCUAAGAAACGUCUCGGCACCGAAGACGUCCAAGUCGUCCGGCUUGUGGCUAAAGGAAGGGACAUACGCACAAUGUCCUUCAUCUCGUUCAAAAUUGGCAUGAACUUGGAGUUGAAAUCUAAAGCUCUGUCUACAUCGACGUGGCCGAAAGGUGUCCUUUACAGGGAGUUCACCGACAACAGAUCCGAUGAAAAUUUUUGGCGCCCGGGAGCUGUAGCCGCAUCCGACGAUCCUUUGAGCAUUUCACCAGAAGCCGUCGUUUUAAUGGAAUAA